AUCGUGGACGGGUCGUUUAACUCGAAUCUCCGACUCGUAAUUAUUCGAUCGGUAUCCGGAUAGAUUGACCUGACAUUUGUAUAUUUGGACGAGAGAAUUCAGACGUCAGGGUGCGCAGUGGUCAGUGCGCAUUGUUGAACCGAAACACAGUGAGCGGAUCAGUGGGAGAGUCGAGUGUAAUGUCUGAUAAGACGAGCGAUGGACAGCCGUGAGAGUGGAUGAUCGUAUUUUAAGUUUUGACAGUUCAACGUACAAGUGACUGAAAAUAAACCGGUAUACAUGAAAACCAUCGUAAUCCUUUGUAAUAUGUAUGGUUCAACGUGGCAUUAAUCGGGGUGGUCUAACGAAGGACUAAUUCAAAAAAUCGCACGGACAGAAAAAAAGCACAAGUGGUCGGUGUGUGUGCGCGUUGUAUCGUGGGCAUUACGUGUCUUUCGACGGAUAGACACCCAACCAUAACGAACGAGUUUGUCUUUCAUUGAAAAGAAAAGAAUAAAAUUCAUACAAAACGCUAAACAUCUAUCUUCAGUUCCUUUUUCCCCAUUAACAGACAAAGGCUGAUUUUGGUAUUGCCUUUGAGGACUAGAUAUAGCACUGCCUCUCUUUUUCCCUCUCUUUCAAUCUUAUUCUCGAGGGACGAGGAAGAAGAAUGGAGGCGAUAGCAAAGCACGAUUUCACGGCGACGGCUGAGGAUGAGCUUAGUUUUCGCAGAAGCCAAAUUCUAAAGAUCUUAAAUAUGGAGGAUGACAUGAAUUGGUACAGAGCUGAAUUAGACUCCAGAGAAGGACUCAUUCCAAGUAAUUACAUAGAGAUGAAAAAUCAUGACUGGUACUAUGGAAGGAUAACCAGAGCAGAUGCAGAAAGAUUACUAAUGAACAAACAUGAAGGCGCCUUUCUUAUUAGAAUCAGUGAAAGUUCUCCUGGUGAUUUCUCCUUGUCUGUAAAAUGUUCAGAUGGUGUUCAACAUUUCAAAGUAUUAAGAGAUGCUCAAGGUAAAUUCUUCCUCUGGGUGGUCAAGUUUAACAGUCUUAAUGAAUUAGUGGAAUAUCAUCGUACAGCAUCUGUAUCUCGUUCACAAGAUGUUAAAUUAAGGGAUAUGGUGCCAGAAGAAUGUUUAGUCCAAGCAUUAUAUGACUUUCAACCUCAAGAACCUGGUGAACUUGAAUUCAAACGAGGUGAUGUAAUAACUGUUACUGAUCGUACAGACCAACACUGGUGGCAUGGAGAAAUUGGUAACAGACGAGGCCUGUUUCCUUCUACAUAUGUUACUCCGUAUCACUCCUAGGCCUCAUGUUGUGCACACAGAGGCCAAAGGCAUCGGCCGCAUUAUCCCACCACUAUCACGUACAGGAUCAGACUUACUGCAGAACUAAUCAACAACAUUUUGCAAACUCCGCCUAUCGAAUGGGCUACCAGGAUGUAUUGGUGGUCUAGACGUAGAGUUGUUUAAAUGGACUCGAUAUUAUUGCUAAUACUUUUUAUUGGUCUCACUGAAAAACAUUCUCAGUGUCUAGUAAUUUAUAUAAACAAAUGUAGAGUUCCAGAUAUAGCAUAUAACAGGGUAGCAUGUCUUUUUUUGUUAUUGGGUCUAUAAAGAAAAUUUUUCACUGGGACUGAUACUACUAGCCAACGUUUCCGAUAGACAAUUGUGUUAUACAAUAGGCACCUGGUUUGGUUACCUUAAAUUUCAUUUUUGUGAAUACUCUAGUAGAAAAUAGAUGUGGAAGUAAAUUUACAGUAUUUAUAUAUGACAAAUGAAAUUUUAAAUGGUGUUUCGUAUAUCUUGGUAGUCCAUUGAUGGAGUAUGUGUAUGAAAAUAUAUAACAUUAACUAUAUACAUCAGUGAUGACAAAUAUCGGUCAUAUUAAAGAGGAAAAUGCCUAUUGUUUCGAAAAACAGGUUUAUAAGCGGGCUGGUAUAAACAUUGUAUUUUUUAAUACGAAUUUGUUGUUCGAGAAAUGGGGACCUUGGUGAUAAAGAGCCUAAGUAAGCUAUCCAUAUACGAGAUACGAGAACUUUAUAUAGAUAUAGCAUUAAAACGCGUCGCCAUUUGGCAUAAAAUGCACACCAUUUUGCCUCUAUGUUGUGAAUAUUUUUACAAAUGUUUGGGGAAGAGAGUAUUCUUCCAGCGGUUAAGAUACAUCUGAUAUCAUGACAUCAGAUAUACUUGCUGUGUAUCAUAUAUAGACUUGUAUUAUUCAGACUGUAUGUGAAAUAAUCAUUCUUGCAUCUUUCGAAGUAAAUUUUCUGAAGUAUUAGCAAAAGAAUAGUAGCAGCCAAAGUUAGCUGUUUUGCCUUUUAAUUUUUUCCAAUCGAAUGCAAAUGAUUGGGAAAUUUGAUUUUUACCAUUGUCAACUAUGCUAUGAAACAUAGUUUCUUGGGAUAUUGUGUUUUCUCUUUUGGAGAUUUUAUGAUGAAGAAAAGGGAACGAGAACACAAGUUUUUUUACACAAACGUCGUACAUACGUAUUCAUAUUGAGACUCAAACACAACGACUGAUUUAUCCUUUGUAAUUUAAGAAAUAUUAAUAAUGGAAAGAACGUAGAGAAUUAGAAUAAAUGUAUAAAUUUUUGCAUGAGAAAUUCAUUUGAUUCCGCAUUAUUUACUGUCUUCGCAACGAAAAUUUAUGUUCCGUAAUGCAUUUCACUAACAUGCCAAAAAGCGAUAUACGUAUAUACGAUUAAUAUAAAAUCGGCCGUGCGAGAUAGACUUGACUUUUGAGCGAAUGGUAUGUAUAACGUUUUUGUUUCAAAAUCUAUUAAUUUUAAAAGAGUGAAAGUUCGUGUAUAUUUUUUAAAUACUUCUUUUUAUCUAAUUAUUUCGACAAUGUUGCUUUCUUAUUUCCGUGUAAACAAUAAAGAUCUGUAGUCUUAUUGUGUAAUUAUUAUUAUUCGUUAUGUUUACAUUUUAUUGAUAACAAUAUAUUAUAUUAAUUACU